UCAGCAGCUCUGAGAUUUCUUUCUAGGGAAUGUUUCGACUAUCCACUACUCGUUUGUGCACGUCUAUUGUAUCAGAGUAAGAAACGUGGUAUUCUUGAAAAUGAUAUUCUUAUUGGUGACUUUGGGGAUAAAUAUGUUAACAAAAUGGAUCGCGAGACGUUAAAGGCUUAUGACACGUUGAUCAAUGGUGAUAUCAUGGAAUGGGAUCUUUAUUAUUACAUGAGUGGUAAAGAAGAGCCUCCAGCCGAGAUUGCUAACUCCAGUGCUUUCCAGCUUCUAAAGAAGUUUGUUGAUGAAAGAGAAUUUGCAAAGACUAAGAACCUAUAG